AAAACGGGGAACCAGCCCCACAGCUCAGCCCCACAGCCCUGCCCCACAGCUCAGCCCCACAGCCACCCCAAACCACGUCCCCACCCCAACAUCCAUGUCCCCAACCCCAAAGACGAGGUCCCCAACCCAACGCCCACGUCCCCAAGACCCCAAAUACAUCCCCAACCCAACAUCCCUGUCCCCAAUCCCAAAGAUGAUGUCCCCAACCCAACAUCCCCAACCCCAAAUGUGA